AAAAAUAUGAAAGAAUUGUGUUUAAGUAUUGUUUUCUUAUAAUUUAGUGAAGUUUCCUGCAUAUUUUGGAUAAGUGUCACUGUCACCUGUGAUUGCAGCGUGAAACAUCAAGAAGCUCAAAGAGCUUCGAAGAGGCCGAAGCAAAAUAUUUGAGGAUCCACAUCGCUAGCGAGCUAAGCGAAAAUGAGCGGCGUGGAGGGACAACUCGCGGGUCGCGACUCGGAAUGCUUCGACGCCGGCGAUUGUUACAACGAGGCCGCGGACGAGAGCGAAAUGGUGUCGACGGAGCGCGAUCUUGCCGAAGACGCGCAAUGGAAGCGCAUCCAGCAGAAUACGUUCACGCGAUGGGCGAACGAACGCCUCAAAGUCUGCGAGAAACAUAUCGGUAACUUGGAGACGGACCUCGCCGACGGUCUUCGUCUUAUCGCCCUCAUCGAAGUGCUUGCUGGUCGCCGCCUUCCUAAACACAACAAGCGGCCUUCCUUCCGCUCACAAAAGUUGGAGAACGUAUCCGUCGCGUUGAAAUUCCUCCAGGAGGACGAAGGGAUUAAAAUUAUCAAUAUCGAUUCCAGUCACAUCGUCGAUUGCAAACUGAAGUUAAUCUUGGGUUUGAUAUGGACGCUUAUCCUGCACUACUCUAUUUCCAUCCCACUCUGGGAGGGCGAGGAGGAAAUGACCAAUGGUGGUUCGGGACCGACUCCCAAACAACGUUUGAUGAACUGGAUACAAUCGAAAGUACCAGGGUUGCCUGUUUCCAACUUUACCACCGAUUGGAACAAUGGCAAAGCUGUUGGUGCGUUGGUUGAUGCUGUCGCACCAGGUCUAUGCCCAGAUUGGGAGGAUUGGGAUCCAAAAGAUUCUGUACAAAACGCUUCUGAAGCCAUGGGUCUGGCUGACGAUUGGCUCAAUGUCCCACAAUUGAUCAAACCUGAAGAGAUUGUUAAUCCCAACGUUGAUGAGCAGAGUAUGAUGACUUAUCUCUCGCAAUAUCCGAAUGCCAAGUUAAGAAGUGGUGCUCCUCUACGUGCCAAAGCUAAUCCUUCCAGUAACCCUUCGUCUCGGGUACGAGUUUAUGGUCCUGGUGUGGAACCAACUGGUCCAGUGGUUGGAGCACCUGCAAACUUCACCGUGGAUACCUUCUCGGCUGGCCGUGGAGAGGUUGAUGUGAAAGUGGAAAAUCCAAAGGGAGCUUUGGAACCUGUUGAUGUGAGGUUCAACAACGAUCGGAAUCUGACGUAUUCUGUUGCCUACACGCCUAAAAUUGAGGGUAACCAUAAGGUGCAAGUAUUGUACACUGGUAGGGAAGUCCCAAAGAGUCCUUUUACUGUGAAAGUUGAAGGACAUGCUGGGGAUGCUUCUAAAGUCAAAGCUUCUGGACCAGGGUUACAAACUGAUGGUGUGUUUGUAGAAAAAGGGACAUAUUUUGAUAUUUAUACAAAAGAUGCAGGUAAUGGGGUACCUGAAGUUAUAAUCUUAGACCCAGCCGGUAAAAACGACACGGUGCCAGUGAAACUGCGCCAAACCGCUCCAGACACCUGGCGAUGCGAGUACCUCUCGCCGAUCACGGGUCUACAUUCCGUAAACGUAUUCUUCGCCGGUAGAAGCAUUCCAAAUAGUCCCUUCGGUGUGCGUGUAUCCCCACUGGCGGAUUCUAAAAAGGUCAAAGCCAGUGGUCGUGGUUUACAAGCACAAGGUGUUCGCGUCAAAGACGCUGCCGAUUUUAAAAUAUGCACCGAAGGGGCAGGCGAAGGUCAAGUAGAAGUCCAGAUCAUUGGUCCCGGUGGUGUUUCCGUCCCUUGUAAACUCCAAAAAGUCGAUGGAUACAACUACACUGCCGUCUACAAUCCCACAAAAGAAGGUCGUCACGUAGUGAUGAUUUCCUUCGCUGGUCAAGAGAUCCAUCGUUCUCCUUUUGAAGUAAACGUUGGACCCUAUAAGGAAACCAUGAUCCGCGCAUAUGGACCUGGGUUACAAGGCGGUGUCGUAGAUUAUCCUGCUCUCUUCGUAGUAGAAACCAAUGGUGAGACUGGUGCGUUGGGUUUCAGUAUCCAAGGACCUUCUCAAGCAAAAAUAGAAUGUGUUGACAAUGGCGAUGGGUCAGCUGAUGUUAGGUAUUAUCCAACAGUAGUGGGGGAAUAUGCAGUGCAUAUUUUGUGUGACAAUGAAGACAUUCCAAAGAGCCCUUACAUGGCGCAGAUACUCCCCAACACAGAUUACUAUCCGGAUAAGGUGGAGGUCUAUGGACCUGGUGUGGAAGCAGUGGGUUUAGCAAAGAAUGCCCCUGCUAAGUUCACCGUAGAUACCAGAAAAGCAGGGAAAGCUCCUUUGGAUGUGCAAGUGACAGAUGCAAACAGUAAUAGUAUUCCGGUUAAUUUGACUCAGAAACCAGAUGGGACUGUUGAUGGUGUGUAUACCCCGAACUCAGGUGGUAAACAUACAGUACAAGUGAAUUAUGGAGGUGUUGCUACCAAGAAGUCCCCGCAUAGGGUCAACGUAUCAGAACCAUUGAAUAUCCGUGUGUUUGGACCUGGGUUAGAAGAUGGCGUCAAGGCUAAGACACCUGCUUAUUUCAACAUUGACGCAAGGGAUGCUGGUGUUGGUAACAUGGAAGUUUUGCUCAAAAACGAAGAAACCAACCAAUUAACCCCCAUCAUGCUCACCGACAACCAAGAUGGUACCUACUCCGUAGAAUACGCCGCAGCUGAACCUGGACUUCACACCAUGACUCUAAACUACAACGGUUUGAAGGUACCUACCACCCCAGUCAAAUUCCGCGUGGUACCAUCAAACAGUGUCGACGUGACCAAGAUCAAAGUCGACGGACUUGAACCAACCGCCCCCGUCAACAGUUUGCAACAAUUUAGGGUCAUCACCCAGGAUGCGGGUAAAGCCGAGAUGGCUAUUUCCAUCACCACGCCAUCGGGUAGUAAAAUCCGUGCGCAUGUCAUACCCACACAUGAAGGGUACCUCGUUAACUUCACACCCACACAACUAGGAGAAUAUUUACUUGGUAUUUCCUUUGGUGGAGAACCCAUCUCCCAGAGACCUUAUAGAAUCACAUGCCUCACCGGGAGUGAUCCAAUGAAAGUCAAAGCGACUGGUCCUGGGUUAAGUCGAGGUGUGGUGAAUAAACCUGCUGAGUUUAUGAUAGAUACACGAGGUGCAGGUCAAGGUGGUCUGGGUGUGACAGUUGAAGGUCCAUGUGAAGCUGCAAUUAAUUGUCGAGAUAAUGGUGAUGGUACCUGCUCUGUGGCAUACCUUCCCACGGAGAUUGGCGAUUAUGGGAUUAAUAUCACCUUCAAUGAGGCACACAUUCCCGGCAGUCCUUUUCAGGCCAUUAUUUUACCAGAUGUGGAUAUUAAUCGGAUACGAGUCACUGGGUUUGGAGUGCAGUUACAUGGUGUCUUUGUCAGUUCCCCUACGGAUUUCUUGGUCGACACACGUGCCAUACAGAAAACAAGUGAUGAUGGUAAAAUUACCUGCACGAUUACAAACCCUUCAGGUGCCCAGACAGAAAAUUUAGUCACACCUCUACAAGAUGGUACCUAUAAGGUCAGCUACACUCCAUUUGAAGAAGGUACCCAUACCAUUGACAUCUUCUAUGAUAACAUGCCUGUACCUGGAUCUCCUUUCGUGGUCAAUGUACGUCGUGGAUGUGAUGCGAAAAAGGUCCGCGCCUUUGGUCCUGGUCUUAGUAAGGGUAUCGUAGAUAACCCUAGUACCUUCACUGUAGAAACAAAAGGUGCUGGUGUUGGAAGUCUGGGUGUAGCUAUUGAAGGACCUUCCGAGGCCAAAAUGAACUGUUAUGAUAACCAUGAUGGUUCAUGCUCUGUGAAAUACAUCCCUACUGAAGCUGGGGAGUAUGAUGUGACCAUCAAAUUCGCUGAUCAACACAUCCCGGGUAGUCCAUUCAAAGCCAUUGUAGAAUACGACAGUGAAGCUAAACUGGUCAAGGCAUUCGGACCUGGUCUAGAGGCUAACAAAUGUCGUGCGAGUGUCCCUACAGAAUUCAAAAUCGAUGCCUCCAAGUGCCAGAAAGCUCCCAUCGAUGUAAAAAUCUUAUCCGAUAUGGGUCCACUCCCCAUUAAACCAGAAGUCUUUGAUAACAAAGAUGGUACUUAUACUGUAAGCUACGUACCACCAGCUGAAGGUGCCAAGUUACAAGCGCAGGUUACUUAUAACGGUCAGGAUAUCCCACAUUCUCCAUUCAAUAUGAAGGUGAGACCUUAUUGUGAACCGGAAAAGUUGAAAGUGGCUAUUCCUGAAAAAGGUGUACCUGCAUCACUACCUGCUACAAUUAAAAUAGAUACGAAUGAAGCGGGUUAUGGUAAUUUAGAAGUGACCAUGAAAGGUCCCGACGGGGCUGUGAGACCUGUUGAGAUUAGAGACAAUGGGGAUGGUACAUAUAAUGCUACUUUCGUACCAGAUGACUUCGGGAGGUAUAAAUUUGAUGUUAAAUAUGGCGGGAAGAAUGUUCCUGGUGCGCCGUUUAAUGUCCAUGCGUACGCCAUUGGAAAUGCUGAGAAGUGUAAGAUAACUGAAGGUGCAGAACGGGCAUUAAACAGUGGAGAAGAUUACUGCAUCACGGUGAAUACAGAGAAUGCAGGUAUAGGUGCUGUGACCUGCAGGAUACGAUCCAACAAAGGAAGUGAUCUGGAUAUAAAUAUUGUGGACAACGAUGAUGGUACCUUCAGCAUCUUUUACAACAUAGAAGACGAUGGGGAUUAUACCAUCAACAUCAAAUUUGGUGGUCAACAGGUUCCAGGAGGAUUAUAUACCUGCACAGCGAUUAAGACCGAAAAGGAGACAAUCACCCAGUACGAUUCCAUUCGUCAAACGACCAGUAGUACCUCCACCAGCCACCAGGCGACCACAAAGAAAGCAUAUCGGGCUUUACAUCUCGAUAAUAUUCCAUUGCCGACUACAGGGGGCGUUGUUGUCGCGAAUAUCAAAAUGCCGAGCGGAAAUAUUGACCUGCCCAUCAUAGAAGACAAUAACGAUGGCACCGUAAGCAUCAAAUAUGACCCAAGGGAAGAAGGUCUCCAUGAAUUGGCCGUAAAGUACAAUGGUGAACACGUCCAGGGUUCACCCUUCAAGUUCCAUGUGGAUUCCAUCAGUUCUGGUUAUGUAACCGCCUAUGGUCCUGGUUUGACCCAUGGAGUAACAGGUGAACCCACCAACUUUACCAUUUCGACUAAGGGUGCAGGUGCUGGUGGUCUCUCCAUGGCCGUUGAAGGUCCCAGCAAGGCUGAGAUUUCCUGUCAUGAUAACAAAGAUGGUACUGUUUCUGUAUCGUACCUACCAACUGCUCCCGGCGAGUAUAAAAUUUCUGUCAGAUUCGGUGAGAAACACAUCAAGGGAUCACCUUUUAAUGCUAAGAUCACUGGUGAAGGUAGAAAGAGGAACCAGAUUUCUGUUGGGUCCUGCAGUGAAGUUUCUCUUCCGGGUAAGAUCUCCGAUGCGGAUAUCAGAUCCCUGAAUGCUUCUAUUCAAGCCCCGAGUGGGUUGGAAGAACCCUGUUUCUUGAAGAGGUUACCAACAGGAAAUAUUGGUAUUUCCUUCACUCCCAGAGAGAUUGGUGAGCAUGUGGUAUCCGUGAAAAAGUUGGGUAAGCACAUUACUAACUCACCAUUCAAGAUUACUGUCUGUGAAAGAGAAGUGGGUGAUGCUAAGAAGGUCACUGUAUCUGGUAAUACUCUUAAAGAGGGUAAGACCCAUGUGGAUAACACUUUCACUGUGGAUACCAGGAAUGCUGGUUUCGGUGGUCUGUCGCUUUCAAUUGAAGGACCCAGCAAAGCUGAGAUUCAAUGCGCUGAUAAAGAUGAUGGAACACUUAAUAUUUCUUACAAACCCACUGAACCUGGUUACUACAUUGUGAAUCUUAAAUUCGCUGAUCACCACGUUGAAGGCUCGCCAUUUACUGUGAAGGUCAGCGGUGAGGGUACCAAUCGUCAAAGAGAAAAGAUCCAACGUCAACGGGAAGCUGUUCCUAUCACUGAAGUUGGCAGUCAAUGCAAACUCACCUUCAAGAUGACUGGUAUCACCUCCUUUGACCUUAGCGCUCAUGUUACCUCACCAGGAGGAGUUAUUGAGGACGCUGUGGUUAAAGAGAUCCAGGAUGGUUUAUAUGCUGUUAACUUUGUCCCUAAGGAAUUGGGAGUGCAUACUGUUUCUGUCAAGUACAAGGACAUCCAUAUUCCUGGCUCCCCCUUCCAAUUUACUGUUGGUCCCUUGAAGGAUCAAGGCUCCCACUUGGUCAAAGCCGGUGGUUCUGGUCUGGAACGUGGUGAACAAGGUGAACUCAAUGAAUUCAACGUAUGGACCCGUGAAGCAGGUACCGGGCAACUGGCCAUUUCAGUCGAGGGUCCCAGCAAAGCAGAAAUCAACUUUACCGAUCGUAAAGAUGGUUCCUGUGAUGUUUCCUACAAGGUUUCCGAACCAGGCGAGUAUCGUAUUGGUAUGAAGUUCAACGAUAGACACAUCCCGGACUCACCCUUCAAGGUGUACAUCUCUCCAGCGGUGGGUGAUGCUCACCUUUUGGAGGUGUUCCAAUUCCCAGAGGGCGCUGUCCAGGCUGAUAAACCAUCUCAGUUCAUGGUGCGCAAGAAUGGAGCUAAGGGUGAACUCGAUGCCAAGAUCAUUGGUCCAUCUGGUCAUGAAGAGGAUUGUUUCAUCCAGUUGAUAGACAUCGAUGAAUACUCCGUUCGUUUCAUGCCACGUGAAAAUGGCAUUCAUAAAAUCCACGCUAAAUUCAACGGUGUCCAUAUCCCAUGCUCACCAUUCAGUGUCCGCGUUGGUAAAGACACCGCAGACCCAGCCGCCGUCCAUGCCGCAGGCGCAGGUCUUCAAAAUAUCAAAACCGGAGCCAAAACCGACUUUAUUAUUGACACCGUCAACGCCGGAGCUGGUACCCUGGCUGUGACCAUUGAUGGUCCCAGUAAGGUAUCCAUGGAUUGCACUGAGGUUGAUGAUGGUUACAAGGUGCGCUAUACCCCACUAGCCCCAGGAGAUUACUACGUCAGUAUUAAAUACAAUAACAACCAUAUUGUAGGAUCUCCAUUCAAGGUGACCAGCACAGGUGAUUCCAAUAUGGUGGACGUAGGCACACAGGAAACCUCUUCAGUAGUGGUUGAAACAGUAGCAAAAGUGGGUCAAGCCCUGGACAAAGGUCCCAAACUCCCACAAUUCAAGAGUGAUGCUACAAAGGUGACCUCCAAGGGUAUGGGUCUCAAGAAAGCCUACCUGGGUAAACAGAAUCAGUUCACGGUUGCUGCCAACGACGCCGGAUCCAACAUUCUCUUCGUGGGUGUCCAUGGACCAAAGGGCCCUUGCGAAGAAGUGUUUAUCAAACACUCUGGGCGUAAUCAAUACAACGUCAACUAUUUGGUCAGAGACAGGGGUGAUUACAUCGUGAUUGUCAAGUGGGGCGAUGACCACAUCCCCGGGUCACCCUUCAAAGUGGAAGUAUAAUAUAGUGUCUUUCUUUUUCAUAUACAUAUAUUUAUUUCAUUUACUUGUCGUCUUAGAUGUAAUUUACGAGAUAAUACAAUUUCUUUGACCCUUUACCCUUGUAACUCUUAGGUCAAAACAAUUGACAAUCGAUAAGUUCUUUAUCCACAUCUUUAACCAGUUUGUUUUUUGAGUAUAAUCUAUUCAUUUGUAAAUAUUUUAUUGGACAAUAUCUAUAUACGUUUAAUUUUUAUAUUUGCUUGAGAAUGAUAUUGUAAUUAUAUUGCGGCUUAUGAUUAUUAUUAUUACAUAUUGUAAAAGAUUA